CUCUCCUUCCUUAUCUACCUCCGCCACACUGUCAAUCAAUACUCAAAACGCCUCUCCUUAUCUCUUUUCCUCCAGAUAUUUUUGUAGUCUAGUCCAUGGACCCGCCUCCAGAUCCGCCGCCGCCACCGCCCUCCCUCGCCGCGAACCCCACUCCUGCACACCCUCCGCUCCACGUCCAUCCUCCUUACGCCGAGAUGAUAACGGCAGCCAUAUCGGGCUUGAAUGAGCGGAACGGGUCGAGCAAGAGGGCUAUAGCUAAGUACAUAGAGACCCACUACCCAGACCUGGCUUCCACACACUCCUCUUUGUUGACCAACCACCUCAAGCGGAUGAAGAUCAAUGGCCAGAUUCUCAUGGUCAAACAAUCCUACAAGCUCCCUGGAUCUGCAUCUGCCUCUGCCUCUGUCGCCGCCAACGGUGCUAUCGCCGGCACCAAGAGACGCCCCGGACGCCCACCUAAGUCCAAGCCCAACCCCGAUUCGCGUCAAACUGCCUUACCUGUUUUUGCCCCUCCUGUGGACAUGAAUUCUGUGCCAGGUGUUGAUACCGCCUCGCAAACUCCGCCCAAUGGGCAGGACGGUGUUCAUUUUGCCGGAGGGCAGGUUAAUGGGCCUGCUGUAACUGUGAGAGGCCGUGGGCGUCCGCCGAAGCGGGGGGUUGUUAAGCGCGGACCCGGUCGUCCACCCAAGGUUGGUGGUGUGGGUAGUGCUUGGGGGAGACCCAAGAUCCUGGCUGCGCGGAAGAAGGGAUUAGGGCGGCCACGCGGGAGGCCACCUAAGCCUGUGAGCUCGAUCCAAGGAUUGGCUCCUGGGGCUUCUGUUGGUGUUGGGAUGGAGGCGGCGUCUGUUGCCCUUGGUGGUGGAGUGAAGCGUCGAGGGCGCCCUCCAAAGGCUGGUGGCGUGGCGAAGAAGCCAAGGAUGCUUUCUGGUAAGCCUUUGGGACGGCCUAGAAAGAAUCAAUUUAAAGGUUCUGACUCCCAGUUGCUAGCGGCAUAUCUCGAUCUCAAGGCAAAACUUGAAAAUUUGCAAUCUCGAGUCCAGCAAGCUGCAGCCUUUAUAAAGCCAUCGCUGAACAAUGAAACUGCAUUCAAUGCAUUGCAAGAGUUAGAACUGUUAGCACUGAAUAUCAAUGUGCCGCCAGAUGAUCAAUCCCACCAGCAGCAGCCACCGCCGCCACCACCACCACCACCACCACCACCCGAACAACCUCAUCCACAAUUUCCUCUUCCCCAAACUUUCUAACUUGCAGCAGCGUGACUUGCAAUGGAAGAGGGGGAGGGGCGUCACCCUACAGAGUUCCCCCAAAUUAGGGUGAGUUGCAUAGAGAUAAAAAGAAUUUCUGUAUACUGGUGAAGAGGAGCAUGGUGGUGGGUUGUUCUAGCAGCUGGACGUGAAACUUGAAUCUGUCCGUUCAUGUAUAUUUAAUUUAGUCCUGUUUAUGUCUGAAAUGUUGAUGCUAGACUUAAAAGAAAACUCGUAUAUUACUGUCUUAAGUUGCAACAUCUUGGGAUCAGUUGAGGACAUAUCUAUAUUUCUCUUGUAUCUCUCUCAAUCUGGGUGACAAACACCUCCCUGUCCUUUAGUUUGACCUUGCUUUGUUCU